GAAUUUCUCUGUCGCCAAAAUCAUAAACUCCCAGAAAUCUGACGAGAGACACUGUGGGAGUGCAAAACUGAGAGCAAGAGAGAGACGAAAGAUGAAGGACCCGUCGGUGAGGACGAAGGUGUUAGUUCGCCACUUGCCUCCCUCUCUUUCUCAGUCCGAUUUCUUCCAGCAAAUCAGCCACCUCUUCGGCGACCGCCACAACUGGUUCUGCUUCCGUCCCGGAAAGACUAGCCAUAAGAAUCAGAGAUAUGCUCGAGCCUACAUAGAGUUUAAGCGACCUGAAGAUGUUUUUGAGUUCGCAGAGUUCUUUGACGGUCAUGUAUUUGUUAAUGAGAAAGGGACUCAGUUCAAGUCUAUAGUUGAAUAUGCGCCUUCACAGCGUGUUCCCAAGCUAAGUAACAAAAAGGAUGGUAGGGAAGGGACUAUCUAUAAAGAUCCUGAUUAUUUGGAGUUCCUGAAACUCAUUGCAAAGCCUGCUGAGCAUCUUCCUAGUGCAGAAAUACAGCUGGAGAGGAAGGAAGCUGAACUGGCCGGCGCUGCAAAAGAAGCUCCUAUUGUUACACCUCUUAUGGAAUAUGUUCGUCAGAAACGAGCUAUUGGAAGUGGAACCCAGAUUUCAUCAGUUGUUCGGAAGGUGAGAAGAAGAACUGGGGCUGCUUCUUUUAGCAAACGUGGCUCAACCUCUACAAAACGGGUCUCUGAGAAGAAAAAGUACAUAUUAAAAGAUACGGCUAAAUAUUCAAGUCGAAAGGACAGGUCAACUUUCAAUGUGGUGUCCAGGCGAGAAGAUCAAUUGGCUAGUUCAAGUGGAAAAGACACGAUGGGAAAUGAAAUCGGUUCUGUUUCAGGUAUCCCUGUGAUUGCUGACUCUGGAAGGACAAAAAUCCUGCUUAAGCGGGAGACGCCUCCUGCUUCUGAACCUCAGGUACCGAUAGGAAGUUCUCCUGUUUCAGCUGCUUCAAAGCAGAACCAAAGGCGUGAUGCUAGUGGAAGAUUUCUCAGAAGCAUACUUUCACAUAAUGAUGGACGCCAAAGAGAAGGCUCAGCAGAAGUUCAUUCUCAGCAGAAAAUCCUGGGUCCAAACUCGGACAUUAAGCGCAUGCCCCGACCCUCCAAUGCACGGCUAGGGUUGAACAAUGAAACUAAUUUAAUGAGCUCCGAAGGGGAUAGAAGGAGGGCUACAGUUGAUAAAUUUUCAAAGAAGGACAUGUAUGGUACAGCUAACAUUAGUGAGAAGCAAGACAAGCAUACAAGAAAUAAAGAUAGACCAGAUCGUGGCGUUUGGGCUCCUCUUCGUCGUGCUGAGAGUUCCCAUAAUAAUGAUGACCGUAUGUCAUCCUCAGCUAUGCAACGACCUCAACUGCUCUCUGAUUCAGGUGAAGUUCACCACGGAGAAGUGAAAGCUGACACAUCUCAUGGAAACAGGACUACUGGGGAAGUUAUAACUUCCACAGGUCGUAAUUUAGACAAUGGUUCCCAUCGACAUUUUGGUCGUCGUGGAUCUGCCUCCAGUACGAAAGAUGAUGGCUCUCUAAAUAUAAGUGAGGGGAAGUCAUCGAAAAGAGGUUCUGCUGCUGCUGUUCAUGGUGCCCCUGAGAAACAAGUAUGGGUUCAGAAAUCGUCAGGUUCAUAGAAUAUCCAACUCUGUAACCAAACACAGGAUAUCCUGCCUGAUCAUGGUGUAGUUCAAAAUCAUCAUGGUUCUGUUGAAAUCAGAUCAUAUCAUUCACUCAUUUGUAUAAUCAAGGCAAUCAUCUCUAGAAUCGUGUUAUCAGACUACCAUUGAAGAUGUGGUGGAAAAGGUGGUAUACUUAAAAGGAGAGCUUUGAUUGGGCCAAAGUAGGACUUUUCUUAGGUGUGAUCCAACUCGUGCUGGAACCACCAGUGCGAAGUUAUGAGGUCCUGGGGACAAGACGACAUGUUACAAGAGAUGUUUGACUUUUGAUUUUCAUUUUAGAACUUUAUGGUGAUACCAUAUCUAUGAGUCAAGUAGUGAAGUAUUUGGUGGGAAAAAGAUGCUUGCCUAAUGUUGCAUGGCGGGUGGACUUCUGGUGUAUAAGAACCUUUGACUGAAGUUGUGCUGAACAAUGUACCGCAUGUUAAGGUGUUAAUAAUUAUACAUUGCACGUAUC